GAGGCGCAACAGGCAUCCGAGCCAUACUAUCAUCCGGUGAAUGUGCGCUGCAAACAACCAUGAGUCUUUACAAUGAACCACUCCUCCAGCUGUUCGCCGCCGCUCUAAUCAUAAUGAUGGCCGCUUUCCUCCUGCUUCAGCGAGCCGAGUCGACCGAGUUCGUCAAGUGGUUGCAGAAGAAGAACUACCAAUAUGAAGUCACGUUCGCUUUAUACAUGUUGACUCCUACAGAGAAAUUCAUCUUCAACUCCAUCCUCUUCCUGACGCUAG